UGGCCUACACAUUUCCACGUUACUGCAAAACCGACAAAGAUCCCAUAGCCAUCUUCUUCCUUACAAGUUACUACAACCACAUAAAAUAUCUUCACCUCUUCCUUUUCAAUAUUCAAAACCUUCUUUCUUCUCUCUUUUCCACCAUGGCUGUAAGCUUAGGAAACCUAACCAUACUCCUUGACAUAUCUUCACCUAGAACCCUAACUCUCGACAGAAAACCUCUUCUCACGUUACCUCUCAAGAGAGACUCUUCUAGUUGCAGUUGUAGUUAUGGUUGUGACGGGGAGGUGCGUGGACGAGUGGUGGUGGCGCGUGGGAAGUCGAACUCGGAGCAGAAUGGAGUGGACUUUGACUCCGAGAGUGAUGAGGAAGGAGGGUUAGGUGAUGGAGAUGAUUUUGAGACGAAGAUAAGGAGGAGAGUUAAGGAGUUUGAAGAGAGGAGAGAGCUUGAGAAGAAAGCUGAAGAGUAUUUGCAGAGUAAGGGUGAUGAUGAUGGUGAGGAAGAGAGUGAGGAAGAGAAGAGGAUGAGAGUUAAGAAAGAGCUUGAAAAGGUGGCUAAGGAGCAGGCAGAGAGGAGGGCAACAGCUCAGUUGAUGUAUGAUUUGGGCAAGAAAGCUUACGGGAGAGGCUCGUACGGACGUGCCGUUGAGUUUCUUGAAGGUGCACUCACCAUCAUACCAAGACCUACGUUAUUUGGUGGUGAGAUACAAAUAUGGCUGGCUAUGGCUUAUGAGGCCAAUAAUCGCCAUAAAGAUUGCAUUGCUCUUUACAAGCAAUUAGAAAAUUCGCACCCUAGUAUUAGCAUCAAACGUCAAGCUGCAGAACUUCGUUACAUUUUGGAAGCACCAAAGCUCAAGAUAACGCAAGAAGAGAUGGUGACUAUACCCUUGAUUGGUUCCAGUUAUGACAGUUAUGCGGGAACAUGGAGCGAUAAAAACAAGGAUCGAAAGAGUGGAACAGUUAACAGUCCGUUUCCAUCGUCUAGAGAUAACCUUUUGGACUUACUUGUGUGGAGACCUCCAGCUGGAUUAGGGAAAAAUCGAGCUUUCUGGGUUGGUUUGACCAUAUGGUUGGUAUUAGUUGGUGCUGCUCUCUAUAUUCAAAGAUGAAGAAGACACUUCCAUACGGAGUUCCUCUUCUCCAAUUUAUGAUGAUUCUAAUUUUGUGCUAUAAUUUUUUAUUUUAGUUUGUAGUGUAUAGUCCAUGUUAUAAAAUUAUUGUAUGUCACAAAUAGGAAAAAUAUGUUAUUUUAUUAUAUUUUCCCGUUUGGUUGUCCUCUUGAAAUUACAAGAUUGUAAGUGCAAAUAUAUUGUAUAUGAAAAAAAUAGUCUGUUGAAAUUACAAAUAUUUAUGGUAA